UGGUAGAGCUGCUCCUCGCUGGAGGGUUUUUAGUGAGCUCCAGAACAUCAGACGUUAGCAGUAAAUCGGACGGAGGUUUUUCCACCUUAGCAACAACAGACCACUUUGGGGGAGCGAAUAGCAUGUACAAACUUUUCUAAAGUCAGUUUUGUUUUGCUAUUUAUAGACAUCUUUGUUUCCGACCGAGCUACCUUGUCCUGGGUGAUUUUCAGAGUCGCCGUUUGAACAGUGAAACGUUUCUUGCUUCAUCCAAAAACAAGCACACCAUCUAAACAUGCCAUUCCCUUUCGGGAAGUCUCAGAAGAGUCCAGCAGAGAUUGUGAAGAAUCUCAAGGAGAAUGUGGCAUGCUUAGAGAGGCUGGAAACAUCUGACAACAAGAAAAGUGAAAAGGUUGCUGAGGAAGCGUCAAAGAACCUAGCAUUAUUGAAAGAGGUGUUGUGUGGUACUGGAGACAAGGAGCCUCAGACAGAAGCAGUGGCCCAACUGGCACAGGAGCUCUACAAUACCAACCUCUUCAUUGCCCUCAUAGCCAACCUGCAGAGGAUCGACUUUGAGGGAAAGAAAGAUGUGGUUCAUCUGUUCAGUAACAUAGUGCGGCGUCAGAUUGGCACCCGCACACCCACAGUCGAGUACAUUUCCUCCCACUCUCAGAUCCUCUUCAUGCUGCUGAAAGGCUAUGAAACUCCAGAAGUGGCUCUGAACUGCGGCAUGAUGUUGCGAGAGUGUCUCCGUCACGAGCCCUUGGCCCGUACUGUUCUGUUCUCUGAGGACUUCUAUUGCUUCUUCCGCUAUGUGGAACUCUCCACUUUCGACAUUGCCUCAGAUGCCUUUGCUUCAUUUAAGGAUCUUCUAACAAGACACAAAAUCAUGUGUGCAGAUUUCUUGGAGACAAAUUACGACAGAGUAUUUACAGAGUACGAAAAGCUUCUGCAUUCUGAUAACUACGUCACCAAACGACAGUCUCUGAAGCUUUUGGGAGAACUCUUGCUGGACAGACACAACUUUACAGUCAUGACCAAAUACAUUAGUCGAGCCGAGAACCUGAAACUGAUGAUGAACCUGUUGAGAGAUAACAGCCGCAACAUCCAAUUUGAAGCUUUUCAUGUCUUUAAGGUGUUUGUGGCAAAUCCAAAUAAGACACCACCUGUUUUGGACAUCCUGUUGAAGAACCAGUCCAAACUGGUGGAGUUCCUGAGCCAAUUCCAAACAGACCGCUCAGAGGACGAGCAGUUCUGCGAUGAAAAGAACUAUCUCAUCAAGCAGAUACGAGAUCUCAAGAGGCCCACACCACUGGAGGAAGCAUAAAGGACAAAAGAACAGGAUUGAACAGUUGGGAUGGUGACGUGUUUUAUGCAGUUGAGGAAAUAACAAAGUAUGACGAACAGGCCUCUCUCAGAUCCCAUUUCUUUGCAGCUGACCUCCAAGAAGCGUAAAAAAUAUUGUAGUCAAUAUGUGCAAACUCAGUUUUAUUUUGUUUUUUCCCCUUUGCCUAGGAAAAAGUGUGAAUUUGCUGUGCGAAAAGCAAGAGGGACCCAACACUCUUUUAACCCCCCACCCCGUACAUGAAACAUUUAUGUUGGAUUAUUUUGAGCCUUCUGAUUUUCUGGCAUCAGUCUCUCUGCAGCUCUUGACUGAACUGUUUAUCCAUGAUUAUAAAAGCAGCUUAAAUAAUUAGUUGAGCCCUUUCCAGGGCACUUAAAUUCCCCCCUCUUUUAAUGAAGCAGGAAUUGAAGUGCUUAAGGAGGAAAGUCAUUUCUACUACAUUUCAAGUCUUGGGUAGGCUCUUAAAGCUGUUUUUAGAGGUGCAUUAAAAGCAAAUGUUAACAUUUGAAGCAAAGAUGUAGAUCACAGAUAUCACGAAUUUACAAAGUAAGGCACACUUUUUAUGCCAGCCUUAUAAUUAAAUAAACUUCCCUUCUCUCCAAAAGAUAAUUGGAAAUGUUUUUAACAUUUCAAAGGGGAAUUUCCAGCAAAACUGGCUAGAAUGCAGAACUUGUAGGCGUUAUAGGUUUACCGUAUCAUUUCUGACCGCAUGCUCGUUGCUCAGUGGUUACAUUAUUUAAAAAGCAUUGAUUGGUUGAUGCUCUCAAAUAGUAUUUAUACUAUUAUUCUGAUUUAGUUUGGUCAGCAUAUUUAACUGGAUGUGAGGCUAAUUAAGAUGUGGGUUUUUUUGUUUGUUUUUUUAAAUGGCUAUUGUUAAAUUUAUUAGCUGUGAGACUAAUUCUGGGUAUGCAUAUUUCACUGAUGUACACAUGGAACAUUUUAACUUGCACUGUAAAAUUGUAAAAAUGAUUUACAGAUCCAUGUUUGAUGCUUCUUAGGUGCUGCGUUUUGAAUUUCAGCCUACGCACAUGAACUUAGUGACCAUUUAAAGCCUUUUACAGGUGCCACACACGUACUUAACACCAUUUUCAACCCAUCAUCUGUACUGUCAACCUUGAACGAGUCAAAACUGUGGUAAUGUGUUCUAUCUUAAGAUUGUAUUUUAGGUUCAAAUCUAUAUUGCACUUUUCAGUACAUCUUAUGGGAAGGUCUUUUUGAAUGGAAACACACAACCUGAUUCUACUGAAAGGCCUUUGUUGAAUUAGUUUAUCUUAAGUUCAGCUUUGUAUUCAGUGUACUGUUUUGCAUAAAUUCUUCUCUUAUAUACCUCAUAGGUUUUGAGUUCCUUAAGUGCUGUGUACUUAAGUGUCCUUUCCCCCCUUGACCAGUUUUAUGAUAAAUUACCAUGACCGUGAUGUCAGUUAUGCAUAAAAAUGUAAACUCUUAACACAUUUUGCCCUUCAGUUGCUGAAUAGGAUCUACAAGGGAAAACAUUAACUGUGAUAUGUGCUGGUACGGUACUCUUGAAUGUGAGCUGAUAUUUUUCUCAGUGUAUGUAGAUGUUUUAGUUUUUUGACUUUGUAGAGUAAAAAUCCCUUUUACUGUAGCAUGAUAGUGCCAAGGACAAGCAGAUGCGUACAGCAAGUAGAGUGCAGGGUUUAAUAAGAUCAACACAUGUAACUGACUGCCUUCGUCUUUUACAAAUGGUACAAAGUGGGACUGUGAACUUCCAUCAUACCAAGAUGUGUCUUUCUGUACUGAGUCAGCACAAGCUUAUUAGUUUAUCUUAAACUUUAAACCUAUAUAAUAGUCAAAUACAGGAACAGUGGGACAAAAAUGAAUUCAAUUGUUGGGCUAAAUAGUUUUAUAUAAAGAGUGGUGCAGUUUUGGACAGGAUACAAAUGCCACGCUUUGUCACCUGGUUUUCAUAACUGCUAUGUCUGUUGAUAAAAAUGACAAUAUCCAAUGCUUACUAAAUUGUGUGGGGUUUCUGGCUUCAGGAUUAAAUAAGUUUUACUCUA